GUUUGGAGGUUUUUAGCGCUUCCACCCAGGGCCACCGCUGCAACAUACACACAGUCACACACACAGUCACACCAUGAGGGACCGUCUUCUCCAAAUUUAAAACUAUCCCACAGACGAGGAGGGACCGGGGAAGGCGACGGGAAGGAUCUCCGAGGGGGAUUUGUCCUGAGAUGUAGCCCGCAGAGCCGCGGCACAGUGCGGCUGGUUGUAGUGGCUCGGUCGCCGCCUGCAUGGCUCUGCUCCGGGAUGCCAUGAAAAUCAGAGCAGGCGACUGAGAGACGGACCGCUGCUCCGCGCUAUCACACAAGACACGGCGGCGGUGGUGGUGAGCGAUGGAUCCCGCGGGAAGAUCCACAUUAGGUAGCGUUUACGAAGAGCCAAGGAGAGCUGAACGUCUCUGUUGCACGGUUUUUAGUCGCUGUCUCCAGGAUGGAUUUGAGCCGUCUCCGGAACAUCAUCAGCAGAUACUGUGUGGGGGAGGAGAACUGGGUGGACAGUCGAACAGUGUACAUCGGGCAUAAGGAACCCCCUCCGGGAGCUGAGGCCUACAUCCCUCAGCGUUACCCCGACAACCGCAUCGUCUCCUCCAAGUAUACGUUCUGGAACUUCAUACCCAAGAACUUGUUUGAGCAGUUCAGAAGAAUCGCUAACUUCUACUUCUUGGUCAUAUUUCUGGUCCAGCUUAUCAUCGACACCCCCACCAGCCCAGUCACCAGCGGCCUGCCCCUCUUCUUUGUUAUCACUGUCACCGCCAUAAAACAGGGCUAUGAGGACUGGCUCAGACACAAGGCUGACUGCUCUAUAAAUGAAUGUCCAGUGGACGUGGUGCAGCAGGGGAAGGUGGUGAGGACGCAGAGUCACAAGCUACGGGUGGGGGACGUUGUCAUGGUGAGGGAGGAUGAGACAUUCCCCUGUGACCUCAUCCUGCUGUCCUCAAGCCGCCAUGAUGGGACCUGCUACGUUACCACCGCCAGUUUGGACGGGGAGUCCAGUCAUAAGACCUAUUAUGCUGUACCAGAUACCAUGGCCUUUAGAACCGAGCAGGAGGUGGAUUCUCUACAUGCCACUAUUGAAUGUGAACAACCGCAGCCUGACCUCUACAAAUUUGUUGGACGAAUCAAUAUUUACAAGGACAAAGAAGAGCCAGUGGCUAGACCACUCGGGGCUGAGAACUUACUCCUUAGAGGAGCCACGCUGAAAAAUACACAACAUAUUUAUGCUGUUGCAGUCUACACUGGUAUGGAGACGAAGAUGGCACUAAAUUACCAGUCAAAGUCUCAGAAGCGCUCUGCUGUAGAAAAGUCGAUGAAUGCCUUUCUGAUAGUCUAUCUGUGCAUCCUGAUAAGUAAAGCAGUGAUCAACACUGUCCUGAAAUACGCUUGGCAGUGGUCUCCUGACAGAGAUGAACCCUGGUACAACCACAGGACGGAAAACGAGCGCCAACGACACGUGGUGAUCCGAGCAUUCACAGACUUCCUGGCCUUCAUGGUCUUGUUUAAUUACAUCAUCCCAGUGUCUAUGUACGUGACGGUGGAGAUGCAGAAGUUCCUGGGCUCUUAUUUCAUCACCUGGGAUGAGGAGAUGUUUGAUGAGGAGCUGGGAGAGGGAGCUCAGGUGAACACGUCUGACCUCAACGAAGAGCUGGGACAGGUGGAGUAUGUGUUUACAGAUAAGACAGGCACUCUGACUGAGAACAACAUGGAGUUUAUUGAAUGCUGUGUCGAUGGGAACGUCUACAUCCCACACGCCAUCUGCAACGGCCAAAUCCUGAGCGCUGCCUCCAGUAUCGACAUGAUUGAUUCCUCGCCUGGAGGAUACAGGAGGGAGCACGAGGAUCUGUUUUUUCGGGCGCUGUGUCUCUGCCACACAGUGCAGGUGAAGGAGGAGGAGACGGUGGACGGCAUCAAGAGGGGCAUCCACCAGGGCAGGCCCACCUCCUUCUACAUCUCUUCCUCGCCCGACGAAGUGGCUUUGGUGGAAGGAAUGAAAAGACUGGGUUACACCUAUCUGAGACUGAAAGACAACCACAUGGAGAUUCUCAACAAAGACGACGAGAUUGAAAGGUUCGAGCUGCUGCAUGUACUCAAUUUCGACUCUGUAAGGAGAAGAAUGAGCGUCAUAGUCAAAUCAAGCUCAGGAGAAUACCUGCUGUUCUGUAAGGGCGCAGACUCGUCCAUUUUCCCACGGGUGGUGUCUGGGAAGGUGGAGCAGGUUAAAGCCCGUGUUGAGCAGAAUGCUGUGGAGGGGCUGCGAACCCUGUGCGUCGCCUACAAAAGGCUGUCGACGUCUGAAUACGAGGAGGCGUGUCAUCACCUGACGGAAGCCAAACUGGCCCUGCAGGACAGGGAGCAGAGGCUGGCACAGGCUUAUGACAUCAUCGAGAGGGACUUUGUGCUGUUGGGCGCUACGGCUGUGGAGGACAGGCUCCAGGAGAAAGCUGCAGACACGAUUGAAUCACUGCACAAGGCUGGGAUGAAAGUUUGGGUCCUGACAGGGGACAAGAUGGAGACAGCAGCGGCGACCUGCUACGCCAGCAAGCUUUUCCGUCGCAGCACCCAGAUUCUGGAGCUGACAAAGAAACGAACAGAAGAGCAGAGUCUGCACGAUGUUCUGUUCGAGCUAAACAGGACUGUUCUCAGACAACGCUCUAUUUCUGGGUUGUCAGUCGAUUGCCUCGACUUUGGUCUGAUCAUUGACGGGGCCACUCUCUCUGCUGUACUGAAGCCCAACCAGGAGGGUGCUGCUCAUGGCAACUACAGAGAGAUCUUUCUUGAGAUCUGUCGCAACUGCAGUGCUGUUCUCUGCUGUCGAAUGGCACCGCUGCAGAAAGCGCAGAUUGUGAAGCUGAUUAAGGCUUCUAAGGAACACCCCAUAACCCUCGCCAUCGGCGAUGGAGCCAAUGAUGUCAGCAUGAUUUUAGAAGCACAUGUGGGCAUUGGAAUCAUGGGUAAAGAGGGCCGUCAGGCAGCAAGAAACAGUGACUAUGCCAUCCCAAAGUUCAAACACCUGAAGAAGAUGCUACUUGUACAUGGCCAUUACUAUUACAUCCGAAUUGCUGAACUUGUUCAGUACUUCUUCUACAAGAAUGUAUGCUUCAUAUUUCCUCAGUUCCUGUAUCAGUUCUUCUGUGGGUUCUCCCAGCAGCCUCUGUACGACACAGCCUACCUAACGUUGUACAACAUCAGCUUCACCUCACUCCCCAUCCUCCUCUACAGCCUGGUUGAGCAGCACGUAACCAUAGAGACUCUUAAAAGGGAGCCCUCCUUGUACAGGGACAUAGCUAAGAACUCUCUCCUGCGCUGGCCUGUCUUCCUGUACUGGACGUGCCUGGGUGUGUUCGACGCUGUUAUCUUCUUCUUUGGUGCCUACUUCCUGUUUGACAACACCACAUUCACCAGCAAUGGCCAGCUUAUGACCACCAACACACAAAUGAUGUUUGGGAAUUGGACAUUUGGAACUCUUGUCUUCACUGUGCUGGUGUUCACCGUGACGCUCAAGCUUGCCUUGGAUACACACCACUGGACCUGGAUCAAUCACUUUGUCAUCUGGGGGUCAUUACUUUUCUACGUCAUUUUCUCUCUUCUCUGGGGAGGAAUCAUUUGGCCAUUCCUGAACUACCAGAGGAUGUAUUACGUGUUCAUGCAGAUGCUGUCAAGUGGUCCAGCCUGGCUCAGCAUCAUCCUGCUUAUUACGGUCAGCUUGCUGCCUGAUGUCAUCAAGAAAGUCCUCUGCAGGGCCAUGUGUCCCACAGCAACCGAACGUGCACAGGAACAGGAGAAGCUGGUGCGGGGUGGUGUGGCUGAGUUGACUCCACUGUCGUCUCGUCGAUCCUACAAAGGCACGAACUCGGACUCCUCUCACCUCCACCUUGGCGCAGCAGAGGCUCUGUCGCUCCGCAGGUCUGAUCCCCUUCCCCAGAAACUCCUGGCCCACUUGACAGAAGGGGGAGGGGCAGACCUGUGCGCCCUCAGCCCCUACGUGCUCCGUCUGUCCGGGGCGGGAUUCGCCCACUACGCUCCAGGGCCAGAGACCUCCGUGUGAACAGAAACGCAUACUCUGAAACUUUUACGUAUGCGAGUCUUUUGGGCUACAUCCCAAGAUGUGCGACCAAGUUCUACAUCUCAAGGAUCAAGGAUUUAUUGAACAAAAUACAAACCAUCAUGUUCAGACACAUCGAAAGCAUGGGUCGUCCAUGCUGAGUUCAGUUCACCAUGUGCAUUUUCUGGAUAACCCUUUAGAUUUUAUUUUCCUAACUCCUCAUUCACAUACUUUAGUGACAUCUUUUGGUUUCUAUCUGGUCCCUGUGUUUCAUCAGAUUUUCUAUCCCGACUUUUUUUGUGAAAUUACUUGAAAAAGUCUAUGAACAAAAGAAGAACCAUGUUCAAAGGUGCAUUUUUUUCAUGCACUAGAGAGCUGUCCUGUUUCAACACAUCCACAGUCGGACCAUUUUGUAGUCCUCGUUCUCGUCACGUUCUUGCCUGUUCCUUCACCACCUCGUCUUUUUUGUGUCUUUGUAAAUGUUUGUUGAAAUGUACAGUCUGUGGUCUGGCCAAGUAAGGGCAGCCCUUAAGUUCAGCCCUUUAGGUGUGCGUGCGUGUGCAUGUGUGCGAGUGAAUGAGUGCUUGCAUGCAUGAAUAUGCCUGUUACUGUAUGUUUGUUUGUGACACACCUUUGCCUUACAGGUACCACACAGCAGCAGGCUAGGAGCCAAAGGAGAAAGGUGUAUAAAAAAUAAAUUUAAAAAAAGCAGAAGUGGUGUAUUACAAAGCCUUAGACACACACAUACGCUCAUCAGCUGUAGGAGAGAAACGGGGAAAAUCUGAAGAGGGUUGUGCAGUAUUCUUGCCACCCUGCCUUAAUUCAUACCUACAUAUUUUCGGUGGAUUAUUGUUAUUGGUCUGGUUAACAGGUCUGGGUGUAUGAGGGUUUAGAGGCACCAACACUUUAUAUUAAACUACACUUAAUCAACAAUGACUGGUAGUUAAUUAUAUCCAUAAUAGUAGCACAUUGGCUCUUUAUUAUUCAUUGCGAAGUUGUAUGCUACCCCUAUCAGGCCAUUCUCUCAAGUUUUACAUUAAUAACCUCCUAACUGAUACUGUUAGUAAAGAAGGGAGUUCUUUUACAUGAGUUCUGUUUAGUAUUUGCUUUGCUCAGUGUGGGCCUUAUAAGGUAAAGGUACCACAAGAAAAAUGUAUUCUUCCUUAAAAGCAUGUUAAAAUUUUAUUUAGUCUCACAAAACAAAAAAUAGCAAGUGUUAAUAGUGGCAUUUUAGUCUUCAGUCUGUACAAUAAGCAAAAUUUGCUGCAUAGUCCAAAGUCAUUUAGAUUUACUUGUGCUUGUAUAAAGAUUUUUUAGUAUAGGAUUGAAAUCUUUGUAUACAUGAAAAACAAUACCACAAUAUUUAUUUUUACAAAACAUUCCACAAAUUAGCUUUAUGAUUGGAUGGAAUUUGUUGACAAAUAUCUAUCCAGUCUAUUUUUAAGACCAGGGCAUCCUUUGGUAAUUAGUUCCUUUGAUAUUUUACUCUAUCUUUUUCUUUUGUCUUUUCAGAGUAACAGUUUAGUGGUAUUAAGUUCCCUUUAAAAUCAGACUGAUUAUCCCCAAAGUGGACGACUGACUUGGGUGCAUUAUUAUAUAUUCUGUGAACAAGCUUUAUAGACCCAUUAUUGUUAAAACUACUCAUUUACAAAAACUCCGUUCCUUAAUAUCAAUAAGCAGUUAUUCACAGGUUAUUGAGAUAAUGGCUUAAUAGCUGUAGAUUAUAUUUAUCCAGGGUAUGGCAUUAAUAAGUGCUUUAUAAUGGUCAAUAAAAAGCCAAUAUCCAUGCUUCUAGUUAAUGUUGAAUGUGCAAACUUUAAUAUAAAGUGUUACCUUCAGGGCGUAUAUACCUGUCUAACUGGUACAGUGUGUUUAUUAUUCUAUUCUUUCUACCUUUACAAGUAUAUCAACCUAUGUUUUGUUUCACAUCAGCUGGUGUAGCAUGUCAAAUCUCUGCUGCAUGUGUAUCUCUUCCUUUUUUUUUUUUUUUUUUUUUUUUUUUUUAACUCCAUCACAUUUUUUUCCUCCUUAACAAUAUGCACACUGUACCUGCUCCUGCCUCCAUGUGGACAUGUGGGGUAACAGCAGCGUUGUCAAUAAGAAAAGUACCGGCAAACAGAGGCAGUGCUGCCUCACAGCUCGGGGACUCACGGGGUCUUUAUUUAUGGAUGUCCUAAAUGACUUGCUAUUCCUCCCUGUUGCAUUGUGCUUGUACGUUUGCUGCCAUGCUCUGUGUUAUGCAAAAGUCUGAUCUAUGAGAAUGCUAAUGUCACGUUGUCACAUUAUAGGGGUAUUUUCUCUGUGUUGCAUUAAUCCAUGACUUGUUCUGUACUGUUGCAAAAAUUAUUGAUGGCGGUCACUGUUGAUGUAUGGAUGUAACUUAAACUUUUGAUAUAGUAUAUUUUAGUGAGACGGGGUGUUAUAGUCGGUCGUAGGUUAAGAGGGAGACUUGAAAAGGCGAUGUCACAAUCAAAUCAAUAGAAUGUUGAACUGAUUUGUCCAUCAUGUCCUCCAGCUGAAGAUUGUAGCUCAUUAUGGAUGAACCUCUUUUCUGCAUUUCUAACAUCUGAACUUCUCUUUGUCCAAAGCAUAUCUGUCGCAUUACACAGCGGGUUACUCGGGAUGUCAAUGAAUGUCAGACUCCGAAGCAUUUUUGUAUGUUUAUAGCCUACAGUUUAUUUUCAUACAUAUCACCAUCUGCCAACAUGUACAGUAUAGAUUGAAUAGCAGGUGUUCUGUAUUUUUUAUUUUUACUGGGCACAGAUGUUUUAUCAGUUCAGUUAGAGGUCUGGAUUUGUUGCGUUCACUUUUCACUCAAAAGCCCACAAGUCUUCUGUGUCAGUGUUUUGACUUGGGGCUUUUCAACGUCCUGACCUCAGUAGAUUAAUGGAAAGGCCUUGGUGCUUGCCAUGCAAUGUCCCACCUCACUGUGCUGUUGCCAUAUUCUUUUCAGACAUAUUCUAAAUCUCACAUACCGGUCCCAACACAGUAUUGCUGUACUGUAAGGCUGUACUGUUUUGCUUUCAUGAUGUGAUAAUGAAGUUUAAAGUCAUGUUUAUUUUUGUCCUCCGCAGCUCAAUUUUGUCUUUUUUUUUGUGUGUUGUUCAUCUGUAUUCUUUAUUUUUGUGUGAAUAUUUCUUUUGCUACUUUUGUAUCCCAGAGAGAAGACUAUAUUUUAACUCUGUUAGAAUGUUUGUUCAAGUUUUAACCAAAAUAAGAGCAACAUAUUCGUUUAUUAGAGAUUUACCAAUAGGUAUACACACUGCACUUUGUUCUGCAACAGAUCCGUUUGCCCCCUGAAAAAGGUCUAUUGUCUGUCAGCUGGGGUUUGUAAGUGUUCACUCUUCCUCACAAGUUAUUUUUAAAAGAAGAUUGUAGUAGGCGAGAAAAAAAAAAAGUGACCAAAUAACUUGACUAGGAAUGAACUGUUUGUAGGUGUCAGCCUCUGUGUCAAAUGGGUUUAUCGCACCAGCCUUCUACUGCUGAACAGAAUGUCAAACUGCUUUUCUAAGUCCAUCAGCACAACAGCAGGUGCUCAUCCUGUCACUCCUGAGCUUGGCAAAGGUUUGAAAUGUCAACAUCUGUGCUCUGGACAGCACGCUUCAUAUCAUACCUUCAGUAUAGCACUGUUUGUAUUACUAAACAGGUUUUGAGAUUUUUUGUUUUCUUUUUGGAUAAAGAUUUUAAAAGUUCAUUUGUUGACUUUUUGCCAGCCUGUCUGUAGCAAAUGAGGGCAAAGCACUGUAUUGUCAUUCUGCUUGUAAUAAAGAAAGAGUGGAAACACAA